UUCAUCCUCUAUCGCUGAUAUAAGGCUUGAAUCUUGUCCAAGAUCCUCCGGAAAAAGGAGCUGCACCGACGGCGGUCAGUUCAGUGCUAGAUCACGAUUCGUGCUAACGAGAUGGAUUCUCCCGUAAGCGGUCCAACGAGUGUGGUAUCGACCAUACCGAAACGCCGUCAGGAUUUGAUCCGAUGGGACGGUUGGGGUUAUAAGGACUCGCGGUUCGUGUACGAUGGGAAGGACUGUUCCUUCAGUGGAGACCGUUAUCCGAUGGGGAAAGGAGCGCGGUUGAAUCGGUUGCGAGAUUGGGUAAUAAAUAACUUUGAUGUGGACCCUACCAAGAAGUUGGCAGAUGUCGAUGAACCGAGAGUGUUUCCAGAUCCGGUUAGGUGUGUGGGGUUCCUGGAUGGUUUGAAGAUUUUGGGGGUGGAGUUCUCUGAAGAUGGAAUGGAUCGGUUCAUGCGCUGCCAUGGACAAAAUUUGGAGGAUUUUGGAAAUUUAAAGUAUAACAGCUUUCCGAAGAUUCCUGAUUUGGUAGUGUGGCCAAGAUGCCAUGAACACGUGGUGAAAAUUGUGGGAUUAGCUGGAGAUUAUGACGUUGCAUUAGUGCCCGUGGGAGGGAAUUCGGCUGCGUCUGGAGCUUCAACAACACCGAAUGUCCCGGAAAGAACGGUUGCGGUAGUGGAUAUGACACAGAUGAAUCGAUUGUUGUGGUUGAACAAGGAAAAUCUUACGGCGUGCUUUGAAGUCGGGAUAGUGGGUCAGGACCUGGAACGAACGCUAGGAAAACAAGGCCUGACAAUGGGUCAUGAACCGGACUCGAUCGAAUUUUCUACGUUGGGAGGCUGGAUUGCAACGAGAGCAUCAGGGAUGAAGAAGAAUUUGUAUGGGAACAUUGAAGACUUGGUAAUACGAAUAAAGGUGGUAACCGGAAUUGGAGUUAUGGAGAAGCAGUUCACGGCUCCCCGAGCUUCGUGUGGUCCUGACCUGGAUCACGUUAUCUUCGGGUCCGAAGGUACACUAGGGAUCAUUACCGAGGCAGUGGUACGAUUGAGACCAGUUCCGGCUGUCAGCCGGCAUGGAUCAUUGGUAUUUCCUAACUUUGAGACCGGUUUCAACUUUCUACGAGAGGUAGCCAGGAAACGACUUCAGCCUGCGAGUAUUCGGUUGAUUGAUAACCCUCAGUUUGAAUUUGGUCAGUAUUUGCAACCGGACGGACCAUGGCACACAGAACUUGUGGACGGCUUCAAGAAGCACUACCUUACGAAAGUAUGCGGAUUCAAAAUGGACCAAAUCGUCGCCGUAACGUUGGUUUUCGAAGGUCAACGAAAGAGUGUGGAGUCGCAAGAGAUGUUGAUCUACAAAAUUGCUGCCAAAUACGGAGGUUUGAAGGGAGGAUCCAAAAACGGGGCAAAAGGUUAUGCCUUGACCUUCGUAGUUGCCUAUAUUAGGGAUUUCGGAUGGGACAUCAACCUCAUAGCGGAAUCGUUCGAAACCAGCGUCUCCUGGGACAAGUGUCUGUCGAUGUGUAACAAUGUAAAAUCGUGCGUAAAGAGAGAGUGCAAUCGUCAUGGAAUCACGCGGCUGAUCGUCAGCUAUCGGGUGGCGCAGAUUUACGACGAUGGCUGUUGUGUGUACUUCUAUUUGGUCGCCAAGCACGAGGACGAUCGGGUUAGUCCGGCGAAGACGGUGAAAAUGAUCGAAGAACGUGCCAGGGAAGAAAUACUGGCAUCCGGUGGAACUUUGUCCCAUCAUCAUGGCGUCGGGAAGAAGAGGAGUAAGUGGUAUCCAGCGAGCGUUUCGCAGGUCGGCGUUAGUGUACUGAAGGCGAUCAAAAGGGAAUUAGAUCCGAAGAAUAUUUUUGCUGCCGGAAAUUUAAUUGAUGAUAGUGUUAUAUCAAAACUAUAAUAUUGUUUAGU